AUGGCGGCCUCUCCUCCCCUUGUGACUUCGGAUAUACUCGAUCCAGAAGCCUCGCCUUCGCCGCGCAUCAACGAGACGCAGACGCGUGAGGGCAUCGCGUCCGUCAUUUCCACCAUUAGAGCCCAGAUCGCAGACCAGCCAGCGGGAGCCAUGGGGCCCGUGAGCCAGCCGCCGGCCAUGGCGAACGCCGUGACGGGCAGCACCCCGCCAGUUCCUGUCCUCGGAGCGCCUGCGGUGUCGUCGUCGUCGCAGACGAGCGCAACUACUAAUGCCAGCAACGGGGUGGCGACCACCAUUAUCACGGAGCGAGGCUACCCGGGUGCUGUGCCGAAUCGCAGUCACCAGGCUCUUGUUUCGCCGCCGCUGUCUGGGCCGGCAGCGGCAGGCCAACCCGGUCAGAAACAGUUUGGGUCCAUUGCCCCAAAGACAGCUCCAAGCGAGGAAAAGACCAAGGCGUACGAGAGACUCAUGGACCUGGUGCAGAACACAGAUGCCUCGGUGGUGCGGCAGGUGGUUCGGGAAAACUGGCACAAGUGUCUGGUUGGGUCAGACUACCACUGUGGCUUCGUCGCGAAUGCCGCAGUCAACUACUCCAGUUCCACAGUCCUAAGCCGCACUAUGCAAGAUAAUGGUGACAAGGUGCUCAAGUCAUCAAAACGUGAGAUCGCCAAGCAUUUUCGCGGCGAAGACCUUGAUGAAAUUGCAGAUCUCAUUGGUCCCAAGCUUGGUACACAGUUCCAAGAUAGGGUCAUGGCCACGCGAUUGGAAACCAUCGCGGCCCAGGACCUCAUCAAUGCCUUGGCUAGAGCUGAGCGCCUGGGCUAUCAUAUUAACGACGUCGUCAAGAAGAAACCCGGCCAGGGAGGCGAGAAUGUUAUCCCAUCUAUAACUGCCCUGCUUACUUCGCUUCCGCCCAUGCCACCACACCAAGUCCACGGAGGAGUUCCCCCGCCUCCGAUGCCACCACACAUAGGUCCAGGACCCCCACAACAGCUUCAGCAACCACCUCGAGCGCCUCAAGGCCAACACCCUAUCCCCAUUAUGCGGAGCGGGAAUAUUACUUUUCGGCCGCCCUCCACCCCUUCCCAUCCUCCAACUCCUACCAUUCCAAUCGGAAAUAUUGCGAGUCAGCCACAUCCAAACCCGGCGCAAACAGCCGGGAUAAUGUAUUGUGCAACAUGUCAUCGUCCUUGCAGCAGUACAGAUGCUCUUAAUUAUCAUUCGAAAAAGGCCAAGUGCCACACCUCCAGGCCAUACGGGACCAUUGAUGUAGAUGAGUGCGUUCAUUGCGGUUGUCAGUUUGAAAGCCCUGGCGGCCUCGCGUAUCACACGAAGAGCUACGUUUGCGGACAGCACAACGAAGAGACCAGGUUGCAUAUCUUGGAAUUGCUAAGACAGAGAGAGCUAUUACAAAAGAUGACCCCGCAUCAGCCAUCUAACAACCGCGGACCUCCGAGUUUUUAUAUGGCACCCAGUCAGCCAGCACCUGCUGUCAUUAAAUCAAACAUAACCCCGAAUCGGAGACCGGUUGGCUCUGCGCAGAGCGCAAACCCAAGUCCUUCAACCAACGACCCCUACGCAAAGCUUACUCCAGAACAACGAACGAGAUUCGACACGGAAAUGAAAGAGGUUGAAGAACAUUAUGGUCGCUUGAGGAGAGAUGCAGAGGCGCUUCCACCUGGCGAGCGUGAAGAUGAGCUGGCCAAGAUCAAGAAUCGAUACAAUACCAAGCAGAGUAAUACUAGGAAGAAGUAUGGAAUCCGCCUUCGUGAGAGGCGAACCAACGCGGAUAUGGAACGCUCCUGGAAUGCUGAUCAUGCACACCCCUCAAAAAAGGCCCGUCUUAGUGAUGGGCAAGCGAGACCAGCUGGUAAUCAAGUUGUGGAAUCGCCGCGUAGGAGAGUUCCCCUCGCCGAAAUGGGAGGACUAUCCGCGUCCUCGGCUACUGCAGAGCUGGUUGAUCCUACAGUAUCGUCUACGAAUCCUCGACCACCUCCGGCAUAUGGCCAACCAGCGGCACCCGUUCAAGGAGUUCCACCUGGGGCAUACCAAGGGACACCUGACGACCCCAUGCAGAUCGAUGACGAUACGAGCACGGGCACGGAUUCUGACAACGUGGACAUCCCGGCUAGGAUCUAG